AUGAAGGAAAUUGGAGAAGAAAUGACAGUUAUUCGAGAACAGCGCGUCAGGAUUGACAGAAGCGAAGUUGAAGGUGAAGGCGUUUUCCCAAACCCAAGCGCACCACCUGCCAGCUGUCCAGAAGUAGCAUUACCUGACAGCCAAGAUAAUCUUGAGGUAACAUCUGAAGUAUCAGAAGGCUGUGUGGACAUUUGUUGUGGGUGUGACAGUCGGUAUAAGUGGUACGAUGACGAAGGAAAAGGUUUGUGCUGCCUUUUCCUGUUCCAUUUUCCAUUUUUGGUGAUAUUCUUGUCCAUACUUGCUGCAAUCACGUAUUUUCUGUAUUGGUAUAUCAUCGAUUGAUAUACCAGUAGCAGCUGUUGUGUACUACGAACACUGACUGGUGUCAGUGACUCUGAUGCAACCCCCGAAUCAUUCCCAAAGCAUGAAUUUUAUGAUCUUUUCAGUCAGCUGUAUUAUUCAAUCAAUCCCCCAUCUUCCAGAA